AUGAGGGCUCUGGUAUUGAAACUUUUUGCUUUGCUCAUCUUUCCAACUGGCAUUGUCCAAAGUCAAGUGACGACCCAGGAAAGAGUUAUGAUGCAAUAUUUUCAAAGAAGUCUUCAAGAGCUUGAGGCACGUUUGAUCAAAUGUGAUCAGGACAUCCUUCAGUUUAAUCAGAAAAUGUACGACUUGUUGAAUGAAAUGCACGGACAGUUGAGGAAGGUGAAUGUGCUGAAGUCAGAGGUGAAGAGUCACGUGGACGGCCUGGCCAUGCGUGUGGAGCGCGUGGAGAGAGACGUGGAAUACCUGCACAGUAAAAUCCCCAACGAGCCAAGUGUGGAAGUUGAGGAAUCCCUUCUGGAGCAGGAGCUGAAAGAAGCCCAGCUCAAAAAACAAGCCGCUUUCAACAAGAGCCAAGAAUGCAGUGCAGCGUUAAGUGGAAUAAGGUCUCUAAAAAUUGUCAAGAAAACAGACAAUGUCGAUGGAUCCUGGAUGAAAGACACAAUCAAAGACUCGGCAAAAAUCUACUUCUUCAGCGGUACCAGAAACAGCACUCUUCUUGAGUUUGUUUCCCUGAAAAGCUUUACAGCAGCCGACGCCUCCAAGAAGUUAAAGGUGAUCGCGCUCCCCCACCCUUGGCGCGGGACCGGCCACGCGGUCUACAAAGGCUUUGUGUAUUACCAUCUUGCCGACACACCCAACGAGAUUCUGAAAGUCCAUUUACUCAAUCGUACCGUGACAGACCGCAUGCUUUUACCGGGAGCUGGCCGCAUUCCCGUGUACGCCUUGUCCCCUCACACGUUCAUCGACCUGGCUGUUGACGAGUUAGGUCUUUGGGCCAUUCAUGCAGAUCCAGACUUCGGAGGUAACUUGGUGAUCACCAAACUUGACGCCAACAGCCUGGCGAUAGAGCACACGUGGGACACCCUGUGCAAAAGCCGGGACGCGGAGGCGGCCGUGAUGAUCUGUGGAACCUUGUAUGUGGUGUACAACUCCCGCUACGGAGGACGAUCGAGCGUCCAAUGUCUGUUCGACAUAAAUGACACUCUCUUUACGGAGGACAGUAACGUAAUCUUCUUCCCCAAACGCUAUGCCAGUCACUCCAGUUUGAAAUACUACCCCAAAGACAAGCAACUCUACGCCUGGGACGACGGCUACCAAACCAUUUAUAAGUUAGAAACCCGAAGAAAAGGCUAA